UCAAAACAAGGUGUUUUGUAAUUUAGGAAUUUUAUAGAAAGUAAGCUUACAUUACAUCGACAAGCAUACAGAAGGCAUUAUUGGUACAUCGACAGCUGUCAGAUUUUUCCGCCCGGUCUGAGCGCUUGGUUGUCGGGGAAAGAUAGCUUACGUUCCGAUGAGGGUGCUAAAACUGACAUAUAUAUUUUAUUGCUUCAGCAGUACAGUAUUAAGACAUCUUUGUUUUACAGGAUUUAUCGCGUACUGUGUUUCAAUUAAAAGUCUCUAUUCAGUGUUUAAAUCGCAUUCGGAUUACAUCCAAAAAUGUUAUCGUUUCAGAAAAAGAUGCAUUUGGGAAAUAUGCAAUCAACAAGCCAACAGCAAAUACAAGCUGCAGCAAAAUCAGCAUCAGCGCAACGAGAACCGUUUGAAAGAGCCUACCAAGUUGGGAAAGUUCUCGGUUCUGGUGGGUUCGGUGUGGUUUACGCUGGUAUUCGGGCAGUGGACAACCUACCUGUUGCAAUCAAACACAUUGCCCGAUCACGCGUAAAGGUUUGGGGACAGCUUAACGGCCAGGUGGUUCCGAACGAAAUCGUGCUGAUGGAUCGCAUUAGCCCUUGUGACCAAGUUAUCAAGCUUAUUGACUGGUACGAACGACCCGACAGUUAUAUCAUCAUCAUGGAACGACCCGAACCAUGCCAGGAUUUAUUUGAUUACAUAACUGAAAAGAAAGCAUUGGACGAGGACACAGCGCGUACAUUCUUCUGGCAGGUUUUGCUAGCCGUGGAUCAUUGCCACAAAUGCGGCGUCGUUCACCGAGACAUUAAGGACGAGAACUUGCUCGUGGACUUCAGGAACAAAAGCUUAAAAUUGAUCGACUUUGGAUCGGGCGCCAUCCUCCGCGACACCGUCUACGUUGAAUUCGACGGAACCCGUGUCUACUCUCCUCCAGAAUGGAUCACGAAGCAUCGCUACCACGGUCGUUCCGCUACCGUGUGGUCCCUCGGCAUCCUUCUGUACGACAUGGUGUGCGGUGAUAUCCCCUUCGAAAAAGACGAAGACAUUGAAAACGCAAAAGUUCACUUCACGAGGCAGGUCUCACCAGAAUGCGAAGACCUCAUUCGAUCCUUACUUUCCUUCCGACCUGCAGAUCGCCCCACCAUAGAACAAAUCAUGGUGCAUUCCUGGAUCUUAAAAGGCGACUUUAUUUCAAGACACUGCGGUACCGUCGGCAGCCACAUAAGAACUAGCUCCGAAUGUUCGGACGGUGGCAGCUCAACCGACAGCACGGAAAGCUUCAAAUAAGUCCGCGGGGUCUCACCCGAAGUGACACUUAUAGCGGCUGCUCGUCGCGUUGUUACCGACCAAGUCGGCAAGCGCGGUGCAAUCAGUGAAGCUGCUUACAACCUCAACACGUGCCAGUAAGCAUACAGACCCCCAAACGGUGCUCUGAGAUCUUGAAAUUGAAUCCAAUAGGUGCAUACGAAAUUGAAUUCGCAUAUUCAUACCUAAAAAGUCAUCAGAGUUCUCAUCCGCCACUCACAUUCCGGGUGCUUCGGUUCCUCAACAAUUCGACAGCGACCCCGCCAGGAUUGGGCCACACAAUAUUUAUUUUCUUUAUUUAUUUGUUUGUUUAUUUUCUCUUUUAUUAUAAGUUGUUAUUCGUACCUAACCGCUGGCGAGUCAAUAGCACCGCGAGUUCUGUCGAAAGCGGUUUCUUCUCGUAUAUAUAUUUUUGGUUAACUAUUUAUUAUUUAUUUUGUUGUUUUUCCUUUUAAACGUUUUCUUCUUCAGUCGUCACCUCUGCCGCUGCGAAUGUUUCGCUUUUGAACUAUUCCCAGAACAAUAAACAUAACCACUGGCAGCAAAUUUGCUUUAUAGCUAGUCUUGCAUGCGAUAACAACACAAAAUCAGAUUUACUCAAUGUGGUCUAUUGGCCGAUCUUUCAUUCGUUACAAACCCGAUUGCUUGCGCGCCUCGUAACUGUUGCCGUCGAUUUUAAUGAAUCCAAUUCCGUAUGUGUACUAUACGCCAAUUUCUUUCCCGCCCAGCGCACAACAAUUUUUUAAUUAAGCAAUUUUCGGGAUCUUACCAUUCAGAAAAUGUUGCCGGUGUAUUUUGGUUUGUCAAGUUUUGCUUUUGUUCUCGGAUGGUUCGUAUGUUUAACGUUGUCGCCGUGAUGUUUCUGUUUUUGCCUUCGUCCCUGCGGUAUUGUUAUAUUGCUUAUUUAUUAAUGGAAAUACAACACACACAAACAAGGAA